CUGCCUUUCUCAACAUACUGAGUGAUCCUGAAAUCUUGGCUUCAAAAUGGGUAAUGAAAAUAGCAGCCCAGAAAAUCAGGAUCCUCCUCCAGUUUCUGUUCCAGAAUCAGACCAGCCAACUGGUAAUGAGGGAGAAAUAAAAAAGAAAAAACAGAGGAAAAGGGGUGCAAACAGAGCUAGUGGACAAGACAACUUGGAUCCCUCACCUGCAGAGAACAGAGAUUCUGUUGUUUCAUCAGCUCCGCCAGAUGAUUUCUCUGCCAUCGCUGCACAAGAUACAAGUGGGAGCUGGCCUGUGGUGUCUAAUUGGAAGGAAAGCAAAACCUUCCAAACUCCUACCCCAAAUAAUCUUCUUUUUGUUGGGCUUGGUGUAAAGGAAGACUCAGGGUCCCAUAUCCCAGUCAUAAGCAGCCUUAGUAAUGAAGGUCUCUGUAACCAUGCUAAUGAAGAAUCAGCCAGUGCAAACCUACUUGCAGCAUCUACAGAGGUGACGGCAUCAGAUAACAUCCUACAUGAACAAGAAGAACAAGCCGGGUCUGAUUUCUUUGAAUUGCCUGAAGAAACAAAAGACAGAAGACAGCCUGUCUCAAUGCUUUUGGCAGAAUGCGCUAUGGAAUCAGCUGCAGGGAGUCUUGCAAGUGGCCAAGGGGAGUUGCCUUCACUAGUGUUUGACCCAAAGUUGGUGAAUGACAAAGAAACUGCAACUAUUUCUGCUAAGUCUAUAGACAGCGACUCAAAAGCUGGCCAGUCUACUACUGCUCUUGCCAAACAGAAUGAGGGAGAUCCAGGUAGUUCUGGCUUGGAACAUAGUCCUCCCCCAGAUGCUGCUUGGAUGCCAGGAGCUAGAGUUGCACAAACCAAUCCAAGUGGAUUAGAACCACUACAGCAGAGCGAACAGCUGAGUGACAGAAGGGAGACACAUGUCAUCUCAUUACCCAAGACCAAAGAAGGGGGAGAUGAAAUGAUCACUCAGGAGACCAGCCGCAAGGCAAGAUUUUUGGAAAUGGGUCACGAGGAGCUAGCUAUAAUGAAGCUAGGUGGGCAGAACACAGAUGGUGCAGACAGCCUGGUAAUGGAAAAGGAAACCUUAAUCCCAAAUUAUCCCACAACAGGAGGUUCAGACAUUGAAAAAUAUGGAACAGUUGCUGAUGGACUGAGUUUUGUUGCGUUCACUGCGGCUAUGGAUGAAUGUAAUAAAGAUGCAGCAACAAGCAAAGUGGAUGGACCCUGCCAAGUGGUCCCUGAGAAGAGUUUUGUUGCAUUCACUGCACCUAGUGAGGCAUGUAAUAAAAAUGCCUCAACAAGCAAAGUGGAUGAGCCCUGCCAGGUUUUCCCAAAGGAGAACAAGGCACAAUCUGCAUCCUGCCCUGUUGUACCCAGUUUGUCAAUUAACACACCAGAUCCAUCUCUGAUACCUAUAUCAAAAGAAGAUACUAGGGAUUUUCAGUCUGAAAAUGAAUGGCCAAAUAAAGCCAUUAAUAAAGAACCAACAACUCAUUCUGUUACUGGAAAGGAAAAUCACCGUAUGGGUUUUAUAGUGACCUCAGAGCCUUCCAGGGUGUUUUUUUUGCCUGAGGAACAUGAUGAAGAAACGUCAUCUCAGCACAGAGCAGAACAUGUUGGCAGCAAUAAAAUAAUGAAAGCUGAAUGUGAAAAUGGGGAGAAUCUUACUGUGUUUGACCCAGAAAAUCUUGCAAAUAUUAUCAAGGAAGAUUCUGAAACAGAUCAAAGAUUUCCCCUAAAGGAAAGAACAACAGACUUUACCAGUGAGAGCAAGCUUCCAGAGCUCAUCAAAAAAGAAAAUAUAGUACUUGAGGAAAACAAAGACAUUUCUUUGGGAGCAGUUAGAAGUCAUGAAAGUCUGGUUUUAACAAGUCCUGUUGUACCUGAAAAGGUGAACAGCUUCCAGGAGGCAGCGCAAACUGCUGAUAUUAACAAAAGGCAGGACAGUCUUGGUGUUAACUGGGAUGAUCACUUGAACUCUCUAUUAAACAUUUUAAAAAGUGAUGCCAGUGAUGAAGCACCGGAAAAAAUCUUCAGUUCAGAAUACAAUUUGAAUGCACCUGAAGUUCUUUCACUUGAAUUAAGUCAGGAAUCAAAGACAGAGAAAACAGCUACACAUGACAAGCAGGGUAAGGGCAGCUUUCUGCUUGUUGAAGCACUACAUUUACAAGGGGCAAAACACCCACAGAGUUACGAUUUUUUAAACCUCAGUCCAGAAAACAGCUCACCAGCCUAUAAAAUGGCUGAGAAGGUUUGUUUAGCAGAUGUGCAUGGUUCACUUCUGGUGCAGUCUGAUAACGGUAUGGUUAAGCAGAAUAAGCAAGACGGUUCCUGGAAGCAUCCAACAAUUAAAAACAUUGUAUGGGAGACAGAAGGCAAAGCAGUGCAAGAAAUAACUUCUGGAUGCAGUCUGGCAUUUGAAGAAAAAUUAUCCAGUCUUGAGCAUCAGGGCUUAAAUGAAUCGGCAGGGAUUGCUGAAUGUGUCACAUUGGAAAAAACAAAGAUCCAGAAAGAUGUGUACCCUUUGGAAAGGGAAAACCAGACAACCAGCGAUGAUGCUGGCAAUGUACCUGUUCCUGUUGCUGAACUAAGCACUGCUGAGGAUAUAAAAGAAAGUCAUGAAAUGGGACAGGAGGUAUACAGGACAGAGAUGAAAGGCCAGGCAAAUGACACUGCUUUAGCACAGGAAACUGAGCGCAAAUUGGACUCCCCACAGCAACUUCAGCAUGAACAAGUGACAGAAGAAAAUUACCAAAGUACAAAAGAGGGCUGUUCAGGCAGCCCAAUUCUUUCAGCAACCAUUACGGAGACUGGUACCCAGGAACUGAGGCUGAUUUCUGAAGACUUACGUGAUAGAAGCAGAAGGGAGCAUGAUUAUCCUCCAAAGAGUUAUGACAGUGAAGUGUCCUUAGAAACUCUUCAGAACAAAGAUGUCCAAUGCACCACAGUGGUUUUAAUACCAUCUCCACAAGCAAAACAAGAAGAAAGUCCAGAAUCCCUUGUAUUAGUAUGCUGUAACCAACAAGACAUUUCAAGCUCAGAAUGCAAAAAUUACAACGGUGACACAGUUACAGGUCUUGAUGAACAAGAGCUUGAUGCGAUAUAUUCCAAAAGGGAACACUCGCUUGUAUUAAAUGAAUGUAACGCCCAUCGAGAACUGUGUGAAAGUGAAAUUAAGGCAGUUGUAGAUAUUCCUGCCCAACCUCAAACAGUACUUUGUGAGCUGGAGAUGAAAGCAAAGGGAUCUUUACCAAGGAUUUCUAAAGUUUUGGGACCCUCUGUGCAAGACAGCAGCCUGCAAACCCUAACAAACCUAAAGGAGGGGGAAAGUUGUCUCAGUAAAGAAACCUUAAGCAACAUCAAGCAGGAUGAUUCUAAUACAUUGACUUCAGACUCUCUUUACGAAGCAAGUCUGGAUGAUGCAUGUGCUAAAGAAUCCAUCACAAAUAAGCAGUUGAGCAGUUUAUAUGGAAUGGCAGGCGACAGUGAUAAAAGCAACACUGGUAUUAUGGAAUGCAUUCCAGCGACACAGAAUACAGACACUGCUAAUGCUGUGCCACAGACUCUGCCAACAGAUUUUAAAAUAACUCCUGCUGAUGCUGAUUCUGAAAGAAACAGAAAUGGCCAUAACCUGUUUAAUAAUCAGACAGAAUUGGCAGGAAAAUGUUCAGAUUCUGAAAUCAAAGAGAACCUGAGUUUGGUUGAUGCAAUAAUCGUGAAUGAUGAACAUGAAAAAAUAAGUUUUGAAAAGGACCUUACAUUCUUGGCUGAUGAAAUUGCAGAAGCACAGGAGUAUCAUCCUCUGGUAUUACCUGAACUCACAGAAACACCUUCCAGCAAUACAUUGUCUAAAAUGGACAGUAUUCAAAAGACUGAGUUUCUACCUGGUGGCUCUGAAGGAGAACUAAUAGUUCUUUCUACGUCAGCAUUUCCGUGCGAACAGCACAUGGUGAGCCAACAACCAGCAGGCAGCUUGAAUGAUGGCAUUGUUGGUGAAUUACAAAAACUGGAGCUGGAAGUUGCAGCUUGCCAAAAUGUCUUAGGUGUUGGUUCUCAUUUGUAUAUUGCUGCUACUGCUACUGAAGACAGCUGGGAAGCUGAUAAUUCUGCAGAUAAAAGCUCAAUAGAUCCCGUGAAUUCUAGAGUACUGAAUUUAGACUAUGUUCCUUCAGAGACAGUCCCAGGGAAACAGCCUGUGAUUCCUGAACAAGUUUUCCAGUUAGAAGAGAGUACCUUACAAAGCUCCGCUGAGACAGGGCAGUUCGAAGGAAGUUUGUCGACAUUUAAUUUCGAGAAGCUGCAGACAGAGAUCUCUGCAAUUAGAACAAAAGGAUCGAAAAGUGAUGUCAGCUUCAAAGCCCAGCAAUGUGACAGCUCAGUGGAAUCUCUCUCCAGCUUUUCAAGUUUAGAAGAGAAGCUUCUGAGCCUUUCAUCUCUUAGUAAGCAAGCAGGCAGUAAUGAGGGUGUUGCAGCAAAUAUCACCUGUGUGGAUGACAAGCAGAGGAAGGGGGUAGAAAAUACACAGAAUGCAGAAAAACGCCAAUGCGCUACAACAGAGAAUUUUUCCACCCCUAAAACAGAAACUGUUAUUCCCACACAGUCUUCAGAACCUGAUGUUCAUACUUCCAAAGCCUUUGGCACUGGCUUUUCUGAUUUCAGGGAGCACAUUAGCAAAAUAUUUGAGAAAACAGUUCAAAGUGCUCUAAGGGCAGAAUUACAGCACCUUUCAGAUGAAAACAUUGCCAGUGACAAUGACAGCCCUGUACUUAAAGAAAGACCAGGAUUUAAGCAUGUAUUGGAAGCCAGAGAUGAAAACAGUGGAAAUGGAAAACCUGAAUGUGACCAGAAAAUGGAAGGAGGCAUGAUGUUUUCAAAGGCUGAAACUUCGAAUGAAGCUACUCAAGAGAAGAUAGAUCAAGAAGAAAAUGGACUCUUGACAAAAGACUCUAGGGAGGAAAAGAUCCUUGUCAAGGAAUAUUGCUUAAGUGAUACAUCGUCUGGAGUAACUUUGUCAAACUCAGAGUGUAAGUUGGAUGGCUCAAAAAUGAGCAAUAAUAAGAUGAAGAUUGAUGAAAGUGAACAUGUUAGUCCCGUGAGCAGUGAUAAUGGUGGUAAUCUAGUAAAUUUGGAAAUAGGAAUAGUACAAUUUGCUAAUGAUUGUGACCCAGGGACAGUCAAUCUGCUAUGUUCUCCUGACAGUAACCUCCCUAUAAUGACUGCUGCCUCCUCAGGAGUUAUUUCAAAGAGUGAUUUUUCUAGUACUACCCCUGCAGAGGACUGUGAUUUAAUUACUGUGCAUAAGACAGAACCAGAUUUGUCUGAAGAAGAGCCAAGUACGGAACAUUGUGGAAAUUUAUGUGACCACCUGAUGCCAAGUAAAGGUGAUGAAAAUGAAGAGAGUAUUUUUAAUUCAGGCAACGUGUCACCAUUGCCAUUUCUUCUAGAUGUCCUUUGUGAACACAAAGUACAAACAGAACAGUCCAGAACAUUGCCAGGUAUAAAUGAGAAGAAAUCUAUUGACUGUAGUGUUUUGGAUGAAAAUUCGCACAAAGAUAAAGGACAUACUAUGCUGGAUGUGUUGGGAAGUGCGAAACACACAGAGCUGUCUCAAGAGCAAGGACAGGGGACAGAAACACAUGGGCUCAUAGAUUACUUAAAAAAUGAAGUACACCUUGAUGAUUGUUCCCCAGGUAACUGUAAAGCAGAACGCAGCAGUGUAGAAGAAGCAAAUGACGCCAUGUUGAGCACAGCAGAAACUGAAGAACAUAUUUCUGUUGACACCCCUAAAAAAGGUAUUACAGGGAUAUUAUUCACUGAGGACAGUGACUCAGCUUUGCAACCCAGCAUUUGUGAUCAAGGGUCUGAUGCAGAAAAGCUUUCAGAAGCUAUUCACAAGAUGGAAAAAAAUGUGUGUUUUAAGAGUACAGAUGCUGUUGUUGCUUCUGCAAAUAGGAAUGGAGAAAAGAAUUGGACACAAGAGAGUUUUCUUCAAAAUACUCAGGGCAAGAAAUCAGCUGCUUCACUCACUGAACUGAAGCAAAAUCUUCCCAGUGAACACCCAAGUAUGGCUACUGAAGGAUUACCUGCUGAAAGCACUAUUCCUGAGUUCUGUCACUCUCUCCUUGCUGUACCUGAGAAGGACGCUAUAAUAGCUGCCAAAGACACCUCAGAUGAGGCAAGAGAUGCCACCAAAGUAGAAAGUUCUUCGGUCCCUGAUGAUGUCAUCAAUUCGGUUCCUACUGUGGUUCAUUCUAAGGAGCCACUAGCUACUACUGUCUUUGAUGGACAUGUUGCUGUUCUGGAUUCUGUUGAACUGACUGCAUCAAGUAUUUCCAAGCCUGAUGGUUGCCAAGAAAUUGACCAUGCCAUCACAUCUUUCCCCAACCAAAGAUCUUUGACUUCAGAACCAGUCCCUGAUGUGGAACUACCUGCUCAAGGAAGUGGGAGUCUAACAGAAGAAAGAAAGAGGAGUUCAGAUUCUGAAGAAGCUUUUGAAACACCAGAGUCUACAACUCCUGUAAAAGCCGCACCUCCACUGCUACAAACACCGCCAGAAGUUCCAACGUUUGAUGUAGAAGAACAGGAAAUAAAGCCUCAACUUCCUUCUGAAGAUACAGGUUUUUGCUUUGACACAGUAUCAAUAACUGAAGUUUCACAUAGUGAAUCAAUUGAAGAAAGUCCAUUCCGUCCUCCAUCUCAUUCAUUUUCUACAGUUUUUGAUGAAGACAAGCCCAUUGCUAGCAGUGGAGCUUACAACCUGGACUUUGAUAACAUUGAGAUUGUAGCUUCUUUGCAAACUGUGGAUCCCAGCUCUCUGGACUCAAGAAGCGGUGACGCCAAGGCACAUGUCCGGAGAAAGUCCACAGACUCUGUUCCAAUUUCCAGAUCUACUUUAUCUCGAUCCCUUAGCUUACAAGCUGGUGAUUUUGAUGGAGCAUCUUUUCUUGGUAAUAACGAGACAGUGGGUUCAGCAACAGAUACUUUUGGCACUGGUUCAAGCAGCGCUUCUAGUACUCUUAAACGAACAAAGAAGCCUCGGCCAGCUUCCUUAAAGAAAAAGCAAUUGGCGAAAAAAUCUUUAGAAGUUCCACCAGUGAAAGAACCAGAACCAUCUGAAAUCAAGCAGGAACCUGCCUCCCUAGGUGGGGAACAGACAUCUGGAGAGAGAGUGGAACCUACUGAACCUGAAAGCACUGAGACUUCCCAAAGCACUGCUGAGAAACAGGAGGCCCCUUCUGUUCUUGAAGCAGCACAUCCUUUUGACUCUAAUAACUCUGAAGAAGUUACUGCAUUUAGUACUGGAGACAACAAAGUACCAAACUCUCCUCCUGUUGGCAAGAAAGCCCUUGCUGUUUCAACUGCACCAGAGGCUGUGGAGGUGACUCCAUCUGACACUGGGGGACAAGAAGAUUCACCAGUGAAAGGCUUAGCAGUUAGACUGGAAUUUGAUUAUUCUGAAGAAAAAGGCAGUGGAGAAGAGCAACAAGAAAGUGUUUCUCUGCCUAAGAAAGUGGGCAAAAAACCUGGUGCUAAAAUGCCACUCAGGAGGCCAAAGCCUAAAAAGCCUGUGGAGAAACUUGACAACACUGCUACCACUCCAACCAAGGCAUCUGGUGAGCCAAAUGACAUUCCUGUCUCCAAAGGCUCUUAUACUUUUGAUAUUGACAAAUGGGACGAUCCCAGUUUCAAUCCAUUUUCUUCUACUUCCAAAAUGCAAGAGUCUCCUAAACUGCCUCAACAAACUGCAGCAACAUAUAGUUUCAGUCCAGAUAUGUGUGAGGACUCCAUUGACCCUUUCAAGUCUUCCUCAAAGGUAGCCAGCUCUCCCACAAAAUCGCCAGCCUCUUUUGAUAUACCAGCUAAUGCCAGUGAAAUCAAUGGAAUGGAAGGGGAUUGUGUCAACAAAUCUGCAAAAAAGAAGAAGACACCACUUAAGACGAUGGUUGAAGAUGUGAUGUCUGUAUGUUCUCUUUUUGAUACUUUUAGGGUGAAAAAGUCACCAAAAAGAUCUCCAUUGUCUGAUCCACCUUCUCAGGAGACCAUGUCACUGCCCACUGCCGAAACUCCCUCCAUUGUAUCCACUGUGGUUCAUGCAACAGAUGAAGAGAAACUUGCAUCUUCCGUAGGCAGUCAGAAGUGGACUUGUAUGACAGUGGAUUUAGAUUCAGAUAAACAAGAUUACCCUCAACCAUCAGAUCUGUCAACUUUUGUAAAUGAAACAAAGUUCAGCUCUCCUACAGAAGAGCUGGAAUAUGGCAACUCAUAUGAAAUAGAAUAUAUGGAGAAGAUAGGCUCUUCUAUAAUCCAGGAUGAUGAUGCUCAGACAAAGCAGUCUUUGUACCUCAUGUUUGAUGCACAGCAGGAGAGUCCAGUCAAGUCUCCUCCAGUCCGAUUAUCAGAUUCUACAACUCCUUGUUCUGGGUCAAGCUUUGAAGAAACAGAAGCCCAGGUGUCUUCUGGAAUAAAAUUACAGCAUCCAGCUUCACGAUCCCUGGCAUCUAGCCAAGAGGCACAAAUACAGUCAUCUGACAAAUCAAAAGGAAAAGAAUUGGAGCCUAUGACCUUAGGAAUCAAUUCAAACAGCAUUGACAUAACCCCAUCUGAGGACUCCUUUCUCUCUGCUGAUGCUCUUCUCAAUAGGAUAUCUCAUCCACCUUCAGUGUGUGAUCAGCUUCAGUAUCUAGAGCCUGACUUAGCUGAAAAGAAUCCCCCAAUAUUUGCUCAGAAACUUCAGGAGGAGUUAGAGUUUGCUGCAAUGAGGAUAGAAGCUCUGAAGCUAGCCAGACAAAUUACUCUGUCUUCUUUCAGCUCCUUAGAUACUGAGAGAGAGCCUGCAGUGUCAUCUGAUGUUUCCAUAUCUAAAAGUACGCUAUACUCCAGGGUAAGCAGCUCAGAGGCAGAAAGUACCUCCAGUUUGCUUUACCAACAGCAAGACUUGGAUUCUGCAUUGAGAGUUGCCAGGGAAGAGGUUGUAACUAAGGAAAGAGAAGUAUCAGAAUGGAAAGAUAAAUAUGAAGAGAGCAGGAGGGAAGUGAUGGAAAUGAGGAAAAUUGUAUCAGAAUAUGAGAAGACGAUUGCACAGAUGAUAGAGGAUGAGCAGAGAGAAAAGUCAAUGUCCCAUCACACAGUUCAACAACUGGUUAUGGAAAAAGAGCAAGCAUUAGCAGACCUGAAUUCAGUGGAAAAAUCUUUAGCAGAUCUUUUUAGAAGAUAUGAGAAAAUGAAAGAAGUUCUUGAAGGGUUUAGGAAGAAUGAAGAAGUGUUAAAGAAAUGUGCACAAGAAUACUUAACACGAGUAAAAAAAGAGGAGCAAAGAUACCAAGCCCUGAAAAUUCAUGCAGAGGAAAAACUGGACAGAGCCAAUGCUGAAAUUGCACAAGUCCGCAGCAAGGCUCAGCAAGAGCAAGCCGCUUACCAGGCUAGUCUCCGUAAAGAGCAGCUGAAAGUGGAUGCAUUGGAAAGAACACUGGAACAAAAGAAUAAAGAAAUAGAAGAAUUGACAAAGAUUUGUGAUGAACUGAUUGCCAAAAUGGGGAAAAGCUAACUUUUAACCAAAAUCAUGGAUUUCAAUCUUGAGUGCAAUAUGACCAUUGGCACACUGAUGUCUACACAUUGAUGUGGACGGGAUCUAUUUUCACGUUUUUGUAUGCACUACUGUAUUUUUUUCUUAAAAUAUUGAUUUGAUUGUAUGCAGUACUAAGAAGACUAUCAGAAUUCCUUGCUAUUGUUUGCAAAUUUUUUCCUAGUAUAAUUCAUAGCAAGUUGAUCUCAAAAGUUCCUGUAUCAGGGAGAUUUGUCAAGGUCUUUAAUAAAUUACAAGUUGCUUAUCCUAGCCUUCCCUUUGUACAUGAGUUCCCAUGUUGGAUGUCUUUUUUGGAUUUAAUAUAAACAUGUAUUACUUGCAUGGGGACUCUUGCCUUAAGGUGUGUAAAUUGGCUCUGCAUUUGCUGAUUUGUAAAAUAAAAUGAAGACUUGAAAAAGUAA